GGUCAGGUGGCGUGGGCGCGGCGGUGGUGGCGGCGAGUGUGUCUCAGUACACUCGGCGGGGCCUGCUGCUGCUGCGCCCACCGCUGGUUGUGCGUCCACUACUACUCAAUCUCAGGCAACGGGUCGUGAGGACAGAAUGGAGGAGGGCUACCUAGCACUACGAUGGAACAACCACAACACAAUUUUCACAAAGAUCCUCACCCUACUGAGGGAACAGGAGGCAUAUGUGGAUGUGUCGUUGGCGUGUGCCGGAAGGUUGUAUCCAGCUCAUAAGUUCGUGCUCUCAACAUGUAGUGAUUACUUCAAGGAAAUGUUCGCCAAAAACCCCUGUAAGCAUCCAAUUGUAUUCAUGAAGGAUGUGUCUACUAAGGAUAUGGAGGCCCUUCUGGAUUUCAUGUACAAGGGGGAAGUUCACGUGCCCCAGAGUGAGUUGGGUUCUUUGCUACGUACUGCAGAAGGUCUCCAGGUGAAGGGUUUGGCAGUGCCUGAUGACUCCCCUCGUGGCUCCUCCUCCACCCCUAUUGUGCCUUCCGUUCCAUCCGUCCCACGCUCACAUCCGCCCACUCUUUUGGCACCUUUACCUAUGCGAGGAAAGCGCAAAAGACCGCCAGAAUCAAAUAGAAAAGAUGACCCUCCAAAGCUGACACUGCGACCUGAUCUUGGACCCCCAACCCCUAACCGCACCCGCCAACGUAACCGGCCGACAGGCAUGCCAGAACUGAAGAGAAUAAAGAAGGAAGAUCACAAGGUUGUAGGUGUUAGGGCCAUGGAGCCAGGUGAAGUACCCAGGUCUCCAAGUCCAGCAGCCAGCAGUCACAACAGUGAUGACCCACCAAUAAACCACACAGACAAGAUAAAGACCGAACGUCCAGAUUAUGUGAAAGGUGAUGAAGACGCAGACCCGGAGGAAGAUGAAGGGGUCGCUGGUGAAGGUAUGUCGGGGGAUGAAGAACAAGAUGAUGAUGAGGAUGAAGAAGAGGAAGAUGAUGAGGAAGAGGAAGAUGAGGAGGAAGGAGGUUUAGGCGAGGGAGAAGGUCUUUCUCACGGUGUUCUCUCUGAUGUUGAUGCCUUCGAACAAUCCAACUCAUCCUUACCAAACUCUGACAUAUCAACGACCGAGCUAUUACAAGUUGAUUUAAGUGAAGAUGGAACGCAGUUUAUCAUUGGUCCUGGUGGCUAUGGGGAGAUGAUGUCAAGAACAUCUUCCUUGGCUGGAGAUGAAGAGAGAAAUGGUGAUAGAGAGCAAAAGAAGCCAUUUGUUUGUCCUCUCUGUGGCCAGUCCUUCACACGCCGAGAUAACCUUGCCAACCAUAUCAAGACCCACACCGGUGACCGUCCGUUUAUGUGCCAGUAUUGCCACAAGUGCUUCUCAAGGAAAGACUACCUGAAGCAGCACGAACGUAUUCACACAGGGGAGAAGCCUUAUGCCUGUGACAUCUGUGGUCGUGCAUUUACCCGUAAAGAGGGUUUAACUGACCACAUGCGGUGCCAUUCAGACUUCAAAGCCUUCUCUUGUGAGACCUGUGGUAAGAGCUUCAAGCAAAAAUGUGGUCUGCGUUUCCAUAAAAGGAAUUAUAAGCACUAGCCACCUGAGAGGUCUGAACACCUACAGAACUCUCUCAACAAAUGUAUGCUUAUUAGAGGCAUUUCACUCAUACACAACAUGCUGCUUCCUCAAAAUCAUUUAGUGUGUUAGUGAAUUUCUUUAAAUUUUAUUACCAGCUAAGACAAAUUUGAUGAGUGAAUACGGUUGAUGUAAUAGUUUUGUACGUGAUCACAGUCCAGUGUAUGUUUUUGGAUAUAUUGAUGGUUUGUGUCAUGUCUUGCAGUACUUGUUCAAUUAGUUUUAUAUUAUGUUAAUUUAUUUUUUUUUUUAUUGAUUUGGACUUAAGCAUUUCUAUAAUAUUACCUCAUGAAAGUCAUUAUUUUUCUUAAUUGAAUGAUUGAUCCAAGUGUUGGGGUAAACAUUCUGAGGCCAACAUACUGUGUGUGUGUGUGUGUAUAUAUAUAUAUAUAUAUAUAUAUAUAUAUAUAUAUAUAUAUAUAUAUAUAUAUAUAUAUAUAUAUAUAUAUAUAUAUAUAUAUAUAUAUAUAUAUAUAUAUAUAUAUAUAUAUAUUUGGUAUAUACACACACGCACAGUAUAUAUAUGGAUGGAUUAUUGGUUUGGUCGGCCAUCCAUUGUCCGUCCAUCCAUCCAACACCCAUCAUCUGUCUGUCUGUGUGUGAAUGUAUCAUAUUUUUCACUCAUUAAGAACUACACUACUGGUUCAGAUCUGGUGAAACGAGGAAUUUUCUUAGGAUGGCAACUUUUCAAAUUGAAAUUGUUUUUGAUGUCGGCUUUUGUCGUCCCAGACAGACGUUAAGGCCUCGAGGGCCCCCGUGUCAGUCCGUCUGAGUGACUCACAAUGGUUUACUGUCCGUCCGUCCGUCCAGCCGCAGUCUGUCUGUUAGAUUUUUCACGUCUCCAACUUCUUAAAAACAGUUGACUCAGUGUUGCUGAAGCAUUGUUGAAAAGUCAUUGGAUGGUUCCCUCCCUAAAUUGUCUGACAUCAUCAUCUGUCACCUCAGGUGGAUUUUAGAGCCUCGUGUGUUGUGUAUUUCCCUGCCCUCGUCUUCCUGGUUAAAUUCCUCUUUGUGGUAUUUCAGAAGAUUUCUUUUAGGAUCUCAAAUCCUCUUGUGGUAAAAAUUCCUGUACUUUAUUUUAAAUAUCUAUUAUUUUAAUAGAUUUUCGUUUGGUCCUUUAUUUGGUUUUUCAUUUGAAUUUCUCAUUUCUCAUUUGUACGUCAGCGCUUCAAUGUAUUGGCCGAUAUUCACCUGAGUGACGGAAUAAGUAAACUUUCAUUGUUGUGAAAUCCUUUGAUCUAUAAUCAAAAGUUUUAGUCUACAUGUUCACGUACCUGUGGUUAGGAUGUUUCACAUUCAAUUAUUAUUCACUGACAUAUCAUAAUAGGACAUCUUGAAUAUAAUUUAUGUUGUAUUUGUCCAGUUUGGAUGCCAGUAUCCCCAUAACCGGAAUCUGAUGAGGGUGUCUAUGUUUAAGAAUUAUUUAUGCACUAUAUCUGAUCUCAAAUGCAUGCAGCAAGUGUGAAAUUACUUGUUUUGAACUGUUAAAGCACAAGUCAGUAAUGUAAGUCUGUUCACUGUGUCAGGAGUUGAGUCUCACACUAUGCUAAGUCACAGUUUUGGAGCUGUGUGUUGAAUUAGUUUGUAUUUACAUAAGUACAUUCUCAUUUCUUUGGUUUUCAUGGACCACUUUCAUGUACAGCAUAAGUAGCACAAAAGAGACUGUUCACGUUCAGUCUUUUACCAGUUUAUUUUGUUGCAAUGGAAAUAGCUCAAGAUUUGUUGAAAGAACUUGUCAGUGUUGAUGUUACUCUGAUGGUUAUGCACAUAUGUCACAAGACACUCUUGUAAUGUUAAAAAUAUUAGUUAGGAAGAAGAAAGUGUUUAUACAGCAGCCAUUGCUACUCAGUCUAUAGACAAGGAUAACAGGUCAGGGUUUCUGGAGGGUUUUGAGACAUACAAUGCAAGGUAUAGUUUUAUGGCAGGCUGAAUGUUUUACAAAAGGCUGAGUGUGAACUGCACACACACACACACAUACAUAUGCACACACUUUUUUAUGUGAAUGUGUGUCUUUACAUAGUUUGGAGUACUGUAUCAUUUUUUUCUUUUUUUAAUCCCAUAUUGCAAACCUUGGUGCCCCACAGAGUCAAACUUUUCAAAGACACAUUAUUGUACGAGUACUUCAACAUUUAUGUCCAAAGGAAUCCUGAUAAUGAUAUAGAAAGGUUACUGAACAACUUUCAUAAAGGAAUUGAAUAUAUUGUUGCCCUUGGGUGGAAUAUACUGUUCAUGGAGAAUAGGACUGGAUAUUGAAGGCCAUGGUCGAGGAGGAUUUAAUGAGGUGCAUAGUAACAGUUAUAUAAGAACUUAAAUGGGAUAAAGAAAUAGAUUUUAAAUGUAACUCUGGAAAGGGUGUUCAGUUCUUUACCUUUUUUCCUCGGAAUUUCUUAGGAUAGAUGUAGACUCAACUACUGGGUUCGGUUCCUUGAUUAACCAUCCUCAAUUUUCCUUUUCUCAAUGUGGUCUUAUUGCAAAUUUCAGUUUAGGCAGGUUAUUAAAUUGUUACUAUUUAUCCCCCAAGUUCUUUGUCACCUGCCAUUCAUCAUCCACUGUUACUGUUUUAAUAGAUAUGAUUUACUGCAGUCUUUGUCCUGCAAUGGUUUAUCCUCAUUGGUUCGCACCACCGAGUAUCACCCAUUAGCUGUUCAGUACGUCGUCUGUCUACAAAAACUGCUUGACUCCAUACUGUUCAGUCACACACACACUGUUGAGUCCUGGAUGUCCAUCUCCCUCACACAUAGUGGCUUUCAUUCCUUCCUUUAGCUCAUUUACCUAUUCCCCAUCCAUCCUAUCAUCCACCUCUGAAAUACUGUAUACUGUACAUGUUUUCCAAAUUCUUCACUCUCUCAUUCUUUCAAAUUCUAUACCAGCUAAGUACACCUUUGUCACAUUACUAUCCAACUCUUCUUUCACUUCUGCUUUUUUCUUAUUUCUAUGUGUAUUCUGUAUUUAACUCAUAUAUUUUUGUAAAGUACAUCAUCUCUGUUGCUCCUAAUACACUUCUUCUUCCUGUUGCAGCCAGACUGUGCUUCACACCACCCAUAUAAUGCUGGGUCGGGGAUUCCCCUUUACAUGCCCAGUUCUGCAUCUUUUUUUUUUUUACAAUUCCCUCU